UUUACUUACGUGUAAGAUGUAACGUUAGCCAUCUGUCGGAGAAAAUAUAGCUCUAUGUGUGUACCUGCAUUUUGCUUUAAUCUAUUCCUCUUACCUUCUCGUGUUCACUUAAAGAUCUACUUUUGCGUAAAAUGUCUGAAACAGCUAACGUUGAAUCAUAAAAUGCGAAGUCAAGAUGUAAAUCUAAGAAACACGUCGUGAUAUUUAUAUGAAUUGUAUUUUUCGUUACUUCAUCAAAAUGGAUUUUGGCACUUUGUUGAGUGUGGCACAAAAAAAUGAAAAUAGCAAGCAGCCGAUUGCUUGCUAUCAAACGAAAUUUGCCCCACCUAAAAAGCCAACUAAACAGGCGAAGGCUCUUUCUGACAAUAUUAAAAAAUUUCUAGCUCGCAAAGAAGAAGAAGAAAAACGGAAAGUUUUAGAGGAGAAGAAGAAAAAAGAGAAUUUAUUAGCAUUACGGGAUCACAAAACGCAAAGUCGAAUAAAUAAACAUUUGAAAGUAUGCAAGGCAGCAAAUAAGUCUGCAAUCGAAGAUGCAAUUGACAAUGAGAAUACAGCUGUGACAAUGGCAGGACCCUCUCAACCGGACGAAGAUGAUUACGGUUACGUGUCGCAAGAAGCUUCUGCAUUUUAUAAUCAGUUAAUGAAUAAAUACAAUAAUGCUCCUCCUCAAAAACCUCUCUUCAGUGACAGUCGGAAAAGAACAAUAAAGGAUAUCGCUUCCACGAAGGACAGAGUAAAGCAAGCUUUAAAGCAACAGGAAGUGGAAGAGGCGUUAGGACACCGUCGUAAACGAAAAUCUUCUGCAAAAGAAGUAGAAACUGAAGUAGAAGAAAAAAUUGAGAAAACUGCACCACCAGUUGAGGAUAAAAAAGAAAAGGAUGAAAAACCGAAGAUUAAAAAGAGACCAAUGCCACCUCCGAUGGAUUUCAACGAAUUGCUUAAAAUUGCGGAAAAGAAACAACACGAGCCAAUCGUGAUCGAGGCGAAACCAAAAGUCGAAGAACCGGAGAGACUAAUGACUAAGAAACAAAUGAAAGAAUAUGCAAAAGAGAAGGAAUGGCGGGAGAGAAAGGAACAACGAAGUAAAGUGGGCAAUUCAAACAGCAAAGAAGGAACUACCUCGACUAGCAAACCGAGUAAAACGCAAGAUCCUGCUGGCAUCGCUAAUCAGACAAGCAAAAAUCCCAAGGCAACUGAAUUGCCAGUGUCGAAUAAAACGCUUACGAAAACGCCAAAUGUAGUACAAUCUCCGAUCCCGAAAAAGGUAGUCGAGAAAUCGGGUGAGAGUAAAUUAAAUUCCAAUAAAGUGAGUAAUUCGAAAACAUCGGAGAGAGACAUCAUUCUGGAGGAACGGAAGAAAUUGGAGUCCGAAAAGAGGAAAUUGGAGGAAAUGCGACAGGCCAUCGAAGAAGAGAAAAAAAAACUAAAAUUGAGUAAAACUAAAGUCGCAGAUACGAAAAAUGUAAAACCAGAGAAACCUGCACCGAAACCGAAAGUUUUGGAAAAGCAAGUGCCGUCGACAAGCAUGAAGCAGAAAGAAAUGCCCGCAACGAACGCGGUGAAGCCUCGUCCACCUCAAAUGUCUAAUGAAAAAGUCAGACAGUUCCCUCCGGCAGAUCUGAAGCCGAUCAGAUCUAAACAGCUGAUUCCUUCGAGAGAUCAGAAGAAAGGAUUAAUCGCACAUAAACGUCGUAUACAAGAUGAGGAUGAAGAUGAAGACUACGACUCGGAACUUGAUGAUUUCAUAGAUGAUGAAGUAGAAGAGAACACGGAAGAUUAUAGUAAAUACAUAAGUCAAAUAUUUGGCUAUGACAAAAAUAAAUACAAGUUCGGCAGUUACGAUGAAGAUGACGCUGCUAUGGAGAGCAGUUUCGCACAACAACUUAAAGAAGAAUAUGUAUCUACUAAAAUAGGCAUUAUGGAAGACUUGGAGGACAUGCGUAUGGAAGCUUUAGAGAAAAAGCGAAAAGCUAUGUUAAAGAAAAAAGUAAAACACUGAUUAUUAUGUUCUUUAUAAAUUUUUAUGAAAUUUUAUUUAAUAAAUUACGCUAUACUUAUACGAUGCUCAAAAUCGUUGGUGUCUCUAUUCUUGUAAUAAAUUAUUAGAUUUA